UUCAUCUUUCGAUCGUCUUCAUGUGCUCCGUCGUUAGCUGAUAAGUUUUCUUUGUGCUCGGAUUGGGGACUUCCAUUACCUCAAUCUCUUCUUGAUGCGAUGCCUUCGUAGUUCUUUGUGAAUUCACUGAGCUGAACUGAGAAGUGUUCUUUCUUAGCUGCUGCCAAAGCUUUGAAAAAACGAAAACACUGUUAACAGUAUAGCUGUUAGGUUCUCGGUUGAACUAAGAUCUUUCUCACCUAACGUUUAUUUACAAAUAAAAAAGAUAUAUCUUUAAUAAUAAAUUCAUCUAUUUAUAUACGAAAGACUGCGCGCUAACCUUGAAUAUAUUCUUGCGCAAUUACUUAGACUAUCUGCUUGCGUAAUAACUUUAACUAUGAUCUUCUUCCUUAUGGCACGACUGUAGUGCGUGGCAUAUAACAAUAACUUUCGGUAGUAUUAAUCAUUCAUAUAAGGAAUACUUUAAAUUAUAGAGCAGAUAUCUUUCAUACAAUUCAAAAUAAAAAUAUCAUAUUUCUCUUGUAUGAAUCUCACAAAAAUUAGAUGACAGGAUGCUGAAACUUAACUAGGAAAUAAUAAAAAAUAGUAGUUUUCUACAAUUUAAAAUAGUAAUCGUUUCACAACAUUUGUUGUUCAAAUUACUGUACGAGUGAUUGAUGUUUUAAAUAGUAAUGUAAACAGAUACCUACUUCCACUAAUGUAAUUUAACUCAGAUUAAAGUUGUAAUGUAGAUAUGGCCAUUGCUAUUACUAUCAUAAGCACUUUCUGAUUAAUAUAACCAAAGUUUAUUCGUCUUCAGAAUGUUUAGUUAGCUGUGAAACUUUACUGAAACUUUCUCAUUCGAAUGAGAACGUGUUGCUAGUUGAACUUCUGCAUCUAUAGAUUUUCAGUACUCAAAAGUAAUUCCUUGUGGGUUUUAUGGAGAUCGAAUCUCUGGAAAACCCAUAAAAAAUAUUUUUGCAUUUCGAGAACCUCACUAUCGAAAACCUAUAAAAAAUGUAUUUAUAGACUUGUGUACUAUUGCUAAAAUAAAUGUCCAAAUUCCUAAGCAAAAUUUGCUGCGGACAAGCUUUCAAGUCUAUAAUUCAAUUUGAUCGAAAAUAUUUUUGCAGAAAAAUUAAAAAGCUAUACAUCAUUCGAUGCAGUUUUUUACGGUGAUUCCGAAUAUGGCAUUAUUUGUACGAAAAAGUGCUUUGGUGAGAGAGAAAAAUAUGAAAUACGCGAAAACCCCUUGGGAUUUUGGAAACUCCGUGAAACCUCCUUGGAAAAUAUGCGAGAUUUUGCGAUUUUAGGAUACAUAGUGUAGCAUUUGAGGAACAUUUUGAUGUGUUUGAAUGUUAUUUUCGCGUGGGGCUAACGAGGGCGACCCGAGAAUACUGGUAGUAAUAGUACUCCCGACUGGAGUACUGUUACUACGGACUGACGUGAUGAAGAACAUGUCGUUCUUACUUAUUAAAGUCGGUGCCGAAAUAGAAAUAUUUUGUUAUCAAUAGAUAGCUGAAGACGUGCUGGUUUUGAAUAUCUGCUUUGAAAUCGCGUACCAUAAUUGAGUAAGCAAAGAAUCUUUAUUUCGUAUGUAGUAACGAUAUCCGUAAUCGGUUUUGUGUACCGUGAUUUCUCGUCGUAGGAACCAUUUUCAAAAUAGACAUUUAUAUACCAUUCGAUAGCCCUUUGAAAGGAUUACAUUUUUCACUAUUUAUAUUUGAAUUAGGAGCAACUUCGAUUUUUCACCUAAUUUCCGCUUCCACUGGAUUAAAUAUACUAACGAGAUAUAAUGGCACAAUUUCUUCCACGUUAACAUUGACAAUUAUUAACUGCUUAAACAUUGUUGAAGUUUAUCACUUCGAUUUGCUUCUAGGUUUGAAUGCUGUCGGUGUUAAUUAUGUAACAUUCGGAAAUCAUGAGUUUGAUUUGAAAAGAAAUGAUCUUAUUCAGCGAAUGAGAGAAUCUAAUUUUUCAUGGCUAGCCGAUCUAAAUACCGGUGGAUCGUCACCAUACGUCACGAUCAUGAAUGGAACAUCGAUGAUACCGUUUAUUCAACGUUUUCUACAAUCUAUACGCAUCAAAUAUGAUGUACUCGUUGCAUUAACACACUGUGAUCUGAAAAUGGAUAUUGCAUUAGCAGAAGGUAUAUCCCGAAAUAGAUAUUAUCAUGGGUAAGUAAAGUGCUCGAAACGGUUUAAAUUCGCAACUGGAUUGAAAAGCGAUGGAUCGCGUUUAGUAAAGUGAGGUUAUUUAGUUUCUAACUGUAGUCAGGUUUUUUGUAGUGUUAGUUGAGAGAGACUAGGAGCCUGAACUGAAUAGUAUGCUUAUCUUGUUGAAAUUAUCAGCAUAUACAAAAUACUUUGCAUAUGCAAAAUACGUUGCUUUACUUUUAUGACAUUAUCCGGUACAAGUAAUAAACGUUUGUUACUUGUUAACGGUAAAAGGUUAAUAAAUCUUGUUGUUGUAUUACUUAUAACUUUUUGAAACAAAAGAUGUAGUUUUGCGAGAAUAAGGUGUCACUUUGCCCCUUGGUCGUCCUAGUUGAGCUUGUUGAAGAUAGGGGCUUGUGAUGGAAUUGUCUCAUCCUUACGUGGACGUAUGCAGUUUUUGAUGCUGAAUCCAAAAUAAAAUAGUUUCAGAUAAGUUUGAUCGGUGUGAAAGGGGCAAAAUCUUCUUGAGUUUUCUCGAAAUCGGUCAGAUUUUCACUUUUUCACCGGGUACUUGUAUUUUAAAAAGUUCUUACCCCAAAAAACUGCCUGCACAACGUCUAUUCAAGCAUUCAUC